AUGAACAAGAGCAAAUGGAAGGUUUCAAUAACCACGUUCAAUUGUGGCAAAGAGUUCCCCAUUGAAAACACGAAAGGCAUCGUUAAGCAAUUGCUUUUUCCCUACGAUGACAGCAUCUCACAACUGGAACUGCAAGACAUAUAUGUCCUGGGAUUUCAAGAAUUAGUGCCCAUAUGGCAAGGUUCUUUCCCUACAGUCAACCGUGAUCUGAUCAAUGGAAUAACAACCACUGCGAUUGACUGCUUGAAUGAGAAAGUGAUAGCCUUCCGGGGCGGUGAGCAAUACUCGUGUUUAGGGGUGAAUAGCGUUGGGGCUAUUACCAUGAUAAUUUUGUACAACAACAAUGCGUUAAAGGUGAAAGCAGAUAUUUUGAAGAGGAACGGCAAAUGCGGUUGGUUUAGUACACACUUAAAAGGUGGCACUUUGGUAAGCUUUAACAUGGCACGUAAUGGCGAUGAAAAUUGGGAAAGAUUUAGCUUUAUCUGUGCCCAUUUGAAUGCAAACGAGGGUGCCAACAAUAGGAAUCAAAGAAUCGAUGAUUACAAACGGAUCAUGAGUGAAGUGUGUGAUCCUGAAGUUGCCAGUAGUGACCACUUUUUCUUUCUAGGCGAUUUGAAUUUUAGGGUUACCAGUGCCUAUGACCCAGCCACUGAUUACUCCUCCACGACAACACUGAGACGUCUACUGGAAAACAAUGAAGAGUUAAACCUGCUACGCACGAGAGAGAAUGAACCAUUGUGCAAGGGCCUCCAUGAGCUGGAGAUAAACUUUCCACCGACUUUCAAGUUCAAGUUGUUUGAAAAAGAAACAUAUAAUAGAAAAAGAACUCCGUCAUGGUGCGAUCGUAUUCUAUACAAAAAGUAUGCAACACCAACUUUGGAACAAGAAGGAACAUAUCAUUCCGUGUCAAGAUCCAAUGCUCUCUUAUUCAGUGAUCAUCAACCCGUCAAUCUCACUAUGGCAUUACCAAGGCCUAUUGGAGAAAGGAGGCCAUUAUCGUUGCAUAUCGAGAAGUACCAUUUGUCAUGGAGCUCUGGUCUAGUGGGACAGGUUGGCGAUGCGGUCAUCGGGUACUGCGGUUGGCUAUUAACGAAAAACGCACAUUAUUGGAUAUUAGGUUCUAUACUAUUAUAUUUACUGUUAAAAAAUGUAUAG